GGGGUAGUUACUAGUUAGACCUUAAAGCUAAGGCAGCCACCCAAGUCAGCGAAACAUUCAACAAAAACUGAAGAAAGUCCUCCAUGCACCGACUCGCCUGUUUUUCUUUUCGCAUGUGAAUCGACGCUGAGACAUUCCCAAUCCUCCCCCACUGUCUCUUUUCAUUUAUUUAUCGUUGCUUCAGGUUAAAGACUCUUUAUGUCUAUUUUACACAUUUCGGACUGGUCGGGCCAAACCUAUAUUUUUGAUUGAUUGAUUGAUUGAUCGAUUAGAGUCCGUUCCGUAACCGUCCAACUAGUUACUCGGUACUCGCUCAUCCCUACCUCCGAAUUGUUUACGUUUAUCCAUACGACGAGCUGCUCAAGAUUUGCCCAAGUCUUUUACGUACGCAGUACUUUGAAUCCGAAUUCACCGAAUUGUGGAACCGGGUCUUUCUCUUCUUCAGGCAGCUCAGUUAGCUAGCUAGCUCUGUAACGGAUUUUCAGGCCUACCUGUCAUUCCACCAAAGGGAUAACGACCGGGUUGAAUUUUCACUCAUUUCAAAACAUCCUCUACGGUUAUUGUUUAUAUGUAUAGCAAAUCACAAUGAGCGACUCUCCGCAUAUUCUCCGGCCAACGCCUAGACGACCCUUUGAACUUCCCUCCGCCGACUCCUCUACACCUUCAACUCCCUCCGGCGAGACACAAGUCACCGAGGGUAUUGAUCUAUUAGAUCCUAAAAACAGCGACCUUGCAUCGAAACGAUCCGGUUCACUGCUCAACCUCACCUCGUCAACUCUACUAGGCAUCUUUCAACCGACCGCAUUCGAGGAUUCGCGCGAAGAGGACAGUCCCUGGGAUACUCAGGCGCAUACACCAAUUGAGACUCGCAGCAAUUCAGUCUUUGCGACUCAGCAACAGAAUGGUAGACGCUUCUCGACGGAUGCACAGGGACAAGUGAGGAGACAUGUUCCCCGGACGGGCAGUGUGUAUUAUAUCCCGCUGGUGUUGAAGACAUCGCUACUAUUUGCCUGCGGUGUUGCCUACGGUACCAUCAUAGCUCAUCUACAUGAGAAUAAUUGGAUUACGCCGGUGAAACUUGAGUAUAUCGAUCGAAACUCGUAUGUUUAUUUGCUUUCUUGGGGGGUUGCGGGUGUGGCAUUUGCGUUUGUGUUACCUUGGCUAGAUAAUCUUUGGGAUAAUGGCACUACGGAUCGAAGCAAGGAUGUUGGGAAGAAGCAGAGUAAUAGAACUCUUGCAAUUCGCAGUAUUGGUGCUUUUGUCGGUAUUGCUUUUGCUAUGCGUCGAGUUCCAUGGGAGUCUACCACGCAGGAAUCCCUUACCCUCGCCCUCGUGAACCCUCUGUUAUGGUACCUCAUCGACCGCACACAGACCGGAUUCUGGCUAUCAACCGUCGUGGCCUUGACCGGCAUGGGAAUCACACUCCGUAUGCACCCGGAAUUGAUACCCUCUUCCUCGGCAGUCGGCGUGGGACUCCGUAACUGGCGUCUCGAAUAUGACGUUGAAGGGGGGAUAUCCAAGGAUGCGACCGCCGUGGCCGUUUGGCUUGCGAGCGUAUUUUAUAGCGCCUGCGUCUGUUUUGGGAAUAUAGGACGUCAGCUCGCUCUAGACGGCAGUGAAGUUCAACACGUGCAAUUCUCGGAGAAGAGAUGAUGGGAAAACACCACAGCUUGGAACCGAGAUGGAAAUACUAAAAACGCUUUCGCUGCAGCGGUUUUGACUUUCGGCAAUUCUUUUUGCAUUCUUUAUUUUUAUGCCAUUUUAAUGACGAUCAAGUUGGAGAGAAACUUUUGGCAACUGGAUCGAAACAAACGAGAUGUUUAUUCUUAAUUACUACAAUGAAGGAUAGAAGGGAAAACAAAAUUCGUCAAUAAUAGGUAUGUUGCAAUAUAAUCAGCACUAUUUAUUCAGAGCCAAGCAAACAAAUUAUAUUAGCAAGGGAGAAAAGAUCUGUAGAAUCGAUCAUUGCAAUCCCUCCCAUAAUAAAAAACUGGAAGACACUGCACCCAAGACCAACACUUUCUUCUCAAGGAAAAAUUCUUCUCCAUUCCCAUAGACGAUUUCUAUACUUCAUGGUAUACACACUCCCCCUCAUAAGAAGGGAAGGAGAUACUCGCAAGAA